AUGCACAAAGCAGCACUUACGGCCGCACUGGGCUCGGCCGUGCUAUUCUUGGCCGCCCAGCCGGCCUCCGCAACAGCCGCUCACCGUCGCGCUCACGAGCAUUACAGCAAGAACCACACUCACAGCGAACACGAUGCUUCAGAACUCGAGUUACUCAAGCCGCGCGGCCGGCUCGUCAACAGAUCGGGCCAAUGCGCCUUUCCCGAAGGCGAAGCUGGUCUCGUGACCAUCACUCCGGGCUCAUCGAACAGGGGCUGGGCCUUGAGCCCUGAUCAGGAGUGUACCGCGGGCUCAUAUUGCCCUUUCGCUUGCGAACCGGGAAUGGUCAUGAAUCAAUGGAAACAGGGUACGACAUAUGUGUACCCUGAGUCCAUGGACGGAGGGCUAUUCUGUGACAAGUCUGGCUCCAUCGUCAAGCCAUUUCCGGACGAGCCGUACUGUGUUCAAGGCGUUGGAUCCGUUAAGGCUGUCAACAAGUGUGGCAAGGUGGUCGCGUUCUGUCAGACCGUGCUUCCCGGAAACGAAGCUAUGUUGAUUCCCACGGGCGUGACGGACAGCGCGACCAUUGCUGUGCCCGGACCUUCUUACUGGGAUUCAACCGCCUCGCACUUCUACAUCAACCCUCCCGGUCGCUCAACGGAAGAAGCCUGUGUCUGGGGAACGAGUUCACAAGCCAUUGGAAACUGGUCGCCCUAUGUCGCUGGAGCCAACCAGGACUCGAAUGGUAACACAUUCGUCAAGCUCGGUUACAAUCCCAUUUACACUGAUUCUUUCCACGGUGUCAAGCCCUCCUUCGGUCUCAAGAUCGAGUGUGACGGGAAUUGUAACGGCCUCCCUUGUGCCAUAGAUCCCAGCUCUGAUGGGUUCGGAAUCGUCAGGAGCGCCACAGCGACUUCUGGCGCGGGCGGUGCGGACUUUUGUGUGGUGACAGUCCCGAAGGGAGCCACUGCAAACAUUGUCGUCUUCAAUACCGAUGGCUCGACAGGCGACGCGACAAGCGAUGCACCAAGCUCGUCUUCCGUCAAGCCUGCCACCACAUCUCAGGCACCAAAGAAGGCCAUGGUCGCCGUGGCCACCACCUCCAGUUCAACGCCACCUGAGAUCUCGGAAACUUCAAGCACGAGUAGCAGCUCAUCUACCUCGUCGAGCAGCUCGUCCUCAAUUUCUAGCAGCACUGCUUCCAGCAGCUCCACCCCGUCGUCCACGCUUAGCUCCAAGACUACCUUCGCCUCAUCGGCCACGAUGCGCGGUGGUAUAUUCCAGGAGAGCGGCAAGGGAAGCAGUACGCACUCUUUGACAGCUGUCACGUCUGCAGCCGAAUUGGCGGAGGCUACGACCGAAGCUGCGCCUGCAGAAACUUCAUCCAAGAGCGACGCAACGAAUCCUGACCAGGGCCAAGCAGCUUUUGCCGGCUUCGUCAUAGCUUUCGUCGCCGCCGCAAUGCUGUACUAG